AUGUCUGGAAGAGGUAAAGGUGGUAAAGGUUUAGGCAAAGGUGGUGCUAAGAGACACAGAAAGAUUCUAAGAGAUAACAUCCAGGGUAUAACUAAGCCUGCUAUCAGAAGAUUAGCAAGAAGAGGAGGUGUCAAGCGUAUUUCCGGUUUGAUUUACGAAGAUGUCAGAGCUGUGCUAAAAUCAUUCCUAGAGUCAGUUAUCAGGGAUGCUGUCACAUACACAGAGCACGCAAAGAGAAAGACAGUCACCUCCUUGGAUGUUGUUUACGCUUUGAAGAGACAAGGUAGAACCUUGUAUGGUUUCGGUGGUUAA